CGCCAAGCCCACAGGCCGCAGAUCUCGCACCAAAAUCACCUGGGGACGUGUUGAGGGAGGAGGAGUCAGGUCUCCACCUCGUCUUGGCUCCGCGGGCGGCCUCGUGAUGGUAGGGCACCGGCUCCCGGCGCGCCCGGAAGGGGGGCCGCCGCCGUUUCGGCGGAAGGAGGCGCGCGCAAGGGAAGGAAGCGACAGCGGGGACAGCGAGCCCGCCGGCGAAGCAGUCAAGCGCGCGCGUCGUGCCGCCGAGCCUGCGGUUGAUUCCGAGACGCUACCGAGCGGGUCUCGUGUGGAGAAGGAAAUCGAGGAGGGGAAUGCGGAUGAUGAAGGCGGCGUGCGCAAGGAGAGGGAGCGCCGGCGGGGACAGCGAGCGCGGUCGGGCAGGAAGAUCGUCAGAGCUGCAAUCAAGCGCGCGCAUCGUGCUGUAUCUGAGACCGCGCCCACGUCCUCACUGGCCGAGUCCACCGCCACCGGCGCAUCUCCUCGGCCUCUGCCUCCAACGACCCCAAAAGCAGGACCGCAGAUGGCCGGAUUUGGGGUUGACGGGACCCGGGAUGUCUUCUCCCAGCCCGAACUGUACUCCCCUGACGAGGGAUUUGAUUUCUACUCCGACGACGCGGCCCGGACGCCGGUCUCUCGUCUGGGCAUGGAAGGUCUCGCCCUCAACUCGCAGCCGGAAGGGUGGCCCUACCCGGCGAGGUACCAAAGCCUGGUGCAGUCUGACGGCGGGAUCGGAAGCGACGGCCGCAAGAGGCCCGUUCGUUCCCCUCCACCGCCCCGUGGCACAGGAGGCCCGAUCCGCACAGUUGGCCUUCGCAAACCACGCGGUCCAGGUCUGUCAUCCAGCCGCGGCCGAGGUGGUGGGUUGGCACCUGCCUCGGUUGCUCCCGGUGAUCCUUCUAGUCCUCGGUACGGGACCAGCGACGGGACCGAGCUGGAGGAUGCAGAGGACGUGCAGGAGAUCGUUCAGGAAUUGGAUGCUCAGUUGGACUCAAGUGACGAAGAGCUGCUGAACUUGUUACAGGAGGACGCUGAGCAUGAGAAGCAAGUGAUGGAGACGAUCUUCUUUUUUGGGGCAAUUGAUGGAACUCAUGUGGAAGUUGUAGUGCCAAAUGAUAAAAAGGUUCAAUAUCUUUGUCGAAAGGGGCACAAAACACAAAAUGUGCUUGCAGUUGUAGACUUUGACAUGAGAUUCACAUUUGUGCUUGCUGGAUGGCCGGGAUCAGUGCACGACAUGAGAGUGUUCAAUGAUGCCAUCAACAAGUACAAAGAAAGGUUUCCACACCCACCUCUAGGGAAGUACUACCUAGUGGAUUCGGGAUAUCCAAAUCGUGCAGGUUAUCUUGCAUCUUACAAGGGGACAAAAUACCAUCUACCAGAGUUUCGUAAUUCCACAAUGCCCAGAGGUACGAAAGAAACCUUCAAUUUUGCUCAUUCUUCACUUAGAAAUGUCGUGGAAAGGGCCUUUGGAGUUUUAAAAAUGAAGUGGAGGAUGUUGUUGAAAGUGCCAAGCUACCCACCGGCAAAGCAAGCCCGAAUAAUUGUAGCAUGCAUGGCAUUGCAUAAUUUUAUUAGAGAGAGUAAGCUCAUGGAUGAACACUUUGAUCGUUGCGACCGUGAUGAGCACUAUGUUCCAGUUGAGGCAUCAAUGUCACAAACACGUACACGGGACACAGGACGAUUGGAUGAAGAUUGCAACAUCAAUGAAUUUCGAGAUCAAAUGGCCAAUGCUUUGUACAGUAGAUAAACUUUAGAAGUGCAAAUUUGUGUACUUUGUAUGGAACUGUAUGAACUUUGGAUAAAUAAUUGUAUGCACUUUGGUUUGGACUGUAUAAAUUUUGGAUUGUCAAUUUUAUGCACUCUGUAUGAAAUGGCGGAA